AUGGCGUCCCUGGAAAAGGAGCAGAAAGUGGACGUGGUCACAGCAAGGGAGUUGCAGCAUUUGACGAAAAAUAAGUACGAUUAUCCUGAAAGUGGAAGCAAAAAUGCUCAAUCCUUUCUAUGCCUUACUCUCGAUGCAAAUGUCCUUCAAGAUGUCGGCGACUACAUGCGUUUUGCUCAAAUCAUACCAUAUAUGUACAAUUUACCCAUAUUCCAUAAGAUAUUAGCUCCUAUUCUGACAGACGUAAUUAGCAAAAAAUCACUCGAACGAAAGGAUACUGUCUUUGCAACACUUCGGCAUGUUCGAACACUCGGUGGAAAGGGUUUAAAAGUAUUUUCUAAGCACAAAAAAUCUCAUUUCGAUCUGUGGCAUGAUCUUAUUGCACUGAAGCUUAACACACCAAUGGCUGUUGAAACGUGGAGGAACGGAGUUGCGAAAAAUAUUGGACCACGAUGUCAAGCAGGAAAACCAAAUGUAGCGAAGAAAUUCGCUUCAGCAUUUCUCCUUAAAUUUUCUGCAAAAACGCGAAUUAUCGCAACAAUAUUCAGUAGGGUGUUCCAUGUAGGUGCAAUGGCGAAGAAUCUGAGGAAAGUUGAUCUCUUUAAAGGAGGAAGAAGGGAUCGACACGAUUUUGCAAUAAUUAAGCAGCUGUAA